AUGAUGGACUUCCAAGUCACCGUCGCUCCUCCAACUAAGCCCCGUGAGAACCCCUUCAACUCCAUCUUCCGUCAGAAGAAGCAGGCUCUUCCAUCAUACUGCCAGUGCACCACACCAACCGUCAACUGCCCUCCAGGACCUCCAGGACCACCCGGACAGCCAGGACAGCCUGGUUUGUUUUCAACUUUACCAUUUCAAUAA